CCAGCACGUCCCAAGGAGAGCAUCCAAGAGCGCCUCCGUAGCCACUCUGGCUCAAGCCAUUGUGGCUUAAGCACAGAAGCGUGCAUCAAGUUGAGAUGUGCCAGUGUGGCCAGUCUUGCAGAUCCGAGCUCUGCAGGAUCUGCCCUGCUGUAGAUGACAAUGAGCCAAGGCUACCAGUCAGUGAACCAUAAUGGCAAGUACGCGCACAAAGCGCUUGCGGGGAUCGUGGUGGCUCUGUCGCUUGCAUACGUCGUGAUGGUUGUGGUCGAAGGGGGGAGGGGUGUGUACAAGGAGUGUGUUUUGGCCGAGAGCCACAAGACGAUCGCUCGUCAUCUGAGCAAGGAGGACUUUGCGCAGUACUCUUUUGGCAUCUCGAUCAUCAACCUCGCCGCGUUGUUACCGACAGCGCCUGUGGCCACCUGCCUGCUCGCAUUCGCUGCAACGCCUUACCUGCGCCGAGUGUCCGAGUACGCCUUUGUCUUGUGGGCGAGCAAGUGGAUGCAUGUGGUCUCCAUCCUGCUGCAGUGCUCCGGCUGGUCUUACUGGAUUGUGGCGGUGCCUGGCUACCUCUUCUUGCUGUUGUACAUCACCUCCUUCGUCAUGUUCCUCGAGCUUCUACUGCGCCAAGUCAGAGCCCUGGAGGACAGCUCCUUCUUGGACCUUGGCUCGUCGCGCCUGCGUUCGGCUCUGAGGCGCUUGUCGGCAGUUUUCUUCUUCACCGCGCUGGUAGCCAUGUCUUGGAAUUCGGGCCUCUGGGGAGACCGGGGCGAGCAUCCGAUGAGAGUGGUCACUUCGAUGCUCGCCUGGGCGUUGCUCGCUCAGAUCCUCCACGUCUCGCUGCUUCCGAUCCUGGCGAUCCGACGAGUGCGGAGGCUGGCUUCAGCCGCGCUGGCGUCGGAGAGCGCCAGGGCGCUCGAGGAAGCCAGGCAGGCUCCGAGAUUUCUCAGGCUCCAGCAGCUCGGUGUCGCCACCAGCCUGGCCACCUCCCUCGUCUGGCUCGCCCUGUGGAUCUGGUCCUACGGGGCCCUCUGGCCGCUGCCCGACGCGAGCGAGGAGGCGUGGACGCCACUUCUCUUGCUCGCCGUGACGCAGCUGCCUGGGAUGGUGGACACGGUCUUCAACUCGCUGGCGAGCCUUGCGAUCAGCGGAGCGUUCUUCGGCGCCCUGAGCGGUGGGAGGGCGCUGCUCCAAGGCGAGGCAGAGCGCUUCGAGAAGUGGGCGAAGGCUGCGAAGGAGUGGUCUUCUCAUCCGGAUGCCGACUGGCAGGCAAAGGUUGUAGAGAUGGCUGGCCGAGGGGUAUCUCUACAAGCCCUGCUCGGUUUCUAUCGCCGCCUGGGCAACGACCUGAUGCCUGGCUUCGACCCCUCGCGCCACACCACGCAUGACGUGGUGUUCCGAGCGAUCAUCCCUGAAUCGAGCCAUCAUCGGAAGUCCAUGGCGCAAGUCAUGAUGGAGGACAAGCGUGCAGAACCCGAGAAGAUGGUUACCCAUAAUUGGCAGAAUUUGUUCUCUGACUUGAUUUCUGCAAUCGUCGCAGACGCACUGGGCGAAAAGGAAUACUGCAGGGUGUCUCACUUGCUUCUCAAUGACAUCGACAUUAUCGAGAGCUGGAUCGAUUAUGCUGGCGUCGGUCAGCGCACCUACUGGGUAUGUGCCUUUUCCGUCAACCAGCACACAUCCACCUGCGAAAACACCUUAGGGUCGGAGGACUCCGUGACAGGCGAGAAGUAUCCCGCUUGCCAAUGUGGGCUGCCCAAGGCAUUCAACAAGACCCCACCGCUGUCCAUCGAGGGACAAAGCAUCGAGUGCGAGAUGAACAAGUUCGACCCCAUGGUCAAGACCCUCUCGGCCAGGAGCAGGAACUUCUCGCAGCUUGUUGCGGUGGACAGGCGCUUCGAGGUGUUCAACCGAGCGUGGUGCGUCGCCGAGAUUGCGGCAUCGAACGCCAUGGGAAUGGACCAGAGGUUGCAGCUCCCAUCGCGACGGAUACUCCAGGAGAACCUGCAAAUGCUCUCCCGUCUGGAGAUCUGCGGCAUGGGGGCCAGCAGGCCUGAGGACAAGGUGGAGAUUCUGCGCCACAUCUCGGACCACGAGGCCUUCGACAGGAGGCUGAAGGACAUGCUGCUGGUCCAGCUGCUGCCCUCGUGGUCCACGCUGGACUCGUGGGACCACAUGUUCUUGGCAGGCCGGGUCGUUCGCUGGCAGGUCGUUGCCUGCAGGCUGUCCAGCACGGUGUGAGAUCCGGACCUCGAGCGCCAGAAGACUGUCGACGUGCCGGGCCGUCUGGAUGAUCCCGGCACGAUGUGCCAGCCCUCGGUCCGGCGCGUGCCCAAAAAUUUGUCGACCCCGAUCGAUAUGUGAGGAUCCCGGGGCCCCGUGCCGCGUGGUGUGGUAGCUGUCGAUCGCCUCCUCAGGGGUGACGCCGCAGCGCCUUGCGCGCAUGAUGACGUGGUCCUCCUCAGGGGUGCCGCCGUCGUGCCUUGUGCCGAGUGCCAUCUGGAUAUGAGCCAUCUGGACCUGUGCGCUCGUGGUGGGUGCCUGCUCGAAUCCGUUGCCGAGUGGCAGUGUGAAUCGUUCUCGUGCUGGCUUCGCUCUCCAGCCCACAGGGGCAGGAGCUUGCCGUCAGUCGGGCAUCAACUUGCAUCGUCGCGCUAAUUUGGCUGCUUCUGUGUCUUGAUAUCUAGACUAGGUGGACUUUCUCCCCGACCCCCAGGACUUCCCAAUAGGUCUCAAAGAAGGCAAGGCCUCUUGAGACAUGUUUUUCUAAAUUGAUAUAAACGCCCUGCCCCCACUACUGAUCCCAUGGCUGCGACAAUUCUUCGGCAGCGUGGCUCGCUGCCCCUCGCGCCUUCGUGUGUCAGGCGGACCAACUUCGGGCGCCUUAGCCUUUUUUUCGCGCGUCUUGCUCCAGGAGUCGGUCCCUCCCUUGCUUUCGAUUGCUCGACAGCGGGGAUUCUUCAGCUGGCCGCUCGGCAGAACCCGCCCGUGCAGGCGCGCGUCGUACUGCCUGGCUGGUUGGCAGGUCUGAGAUCCGCCUGUGAGCAAGUCGGCUCUCCACCUUGCAGGAGCAGGCCGCCGCUGCUCACCUGUCUCUUUCCGGCGACUUGGAUCCGUUACGUGAUGCGAAUCGGAGGAGGAGC